CUACUUGUCGCGAACUAUAAGAAUCCAUCUUGUCGUGCGGAUAAUUCCGAAGUCGUGAUGCAUCCUUCAAUUCUAAGUCAUGGUGCCCUACCAGAAAUAAUCAGAUGCAGCACAUGCUGCCGUCUGUAUCAUUGCCCGCUUUGUCCUAACUUUAGGCCAGCGAAGCUGAACAGACUAAAGAUCCACCUGGAUGUGCAUAUAAAAAAUGCAGUGUUUUUCCAAAACUUAAGAAUUUGCAGAUGCACGCUACCUUGUAGAAAGGAUGGUCAUUUCCACUGCCCUAGGUGCAGUGAGACAGUGAUUAAAAGAAACACUUUUGUGGAGCACCUGGAAAAGUGCAGCGGUGUGACCAAAAAGACUGAGUCCUCAUGCUUACUUCAGACAGCCUUACCUCCCAUUCCAUUGCUUGAACAAGCAAAAUCUUCCUCUCCACAGCCUGAAGGGGAUCAAUGUUUCCCUCAACUAAAGAAAGAAGUAGAACCUUCCCAUCUGCCCUCAUUCAGAAAACCAGUAUAGGUGAAAUGUCCACACUGUUCACUGCUGUUACAUAAAAAGAAUCUACAUACUCACAUUACUAGGAAGCAUUUAUGCACACCAAGAGAUGUGAAUAGGCAGUCACAUUUUGCCAGUGUUUGUGUUGAUACAAAAAAUGGUAUUGCUGCAGUUCAAAAGUCAGGACAUGGAUUUUCAACACCUAUUCAUGUUCAAAAAAAAAUUAAGGGCAACAAACAUGAGGUAAUGUGUGAACUGGAGGAAUGCUGGCAAUAUCAGCUAUUAGUACGCAGGAGUCGUCUUGUGUUCAGUGAGUGCCACCACAUACGUUCACUGGAAUACUGCACAGAAGUAGCAGAGGAAGAGAUUCUACAUGCAAGAGUUUUGGAUGAAAUGGUUGCAUGCAAGUUCUUUGCAGCAGCAAAGAAGGCAGUGUGCUUGAAGAGACAAAGGUUAGCAUUGAAAGCUGGAGCACCUUUUUCUGUCCUUGUUGAUCUUGGUGGGUCAAAGUCUUAUAUUUGUUUAUCCAUCCAUGACUCCACAACAUAUUUCAGUCGCCUUGGAAGAAUGAUGGUUACGUUCAGUAUGAAGAACAACACAUGGCAUUGUCCAUGUGCUAAGCCACAUAUGUCAUGUCCUCAUAAGAACAUUGCAAAGUGGCACAUCUUUCAAAUUAACAGGAACUUGUUCAGAACACAGUUGGAUUCAAAGCCUGACACAGCUUCACAGUCCAAACAGGAACAGGCAACAGAGGACUUGAAGAGGGCAGUGAAAUACAUGUAUGAAAGAAAAAAAAUUCCAGCAAGUCUUCCAGAGGACACAACAACUGCAAAACCACCAUCAGACUACCCAUCAGAUUUAAUUCCAGCGGAGACUUCAUGUGUCCUUUGCUCAAGCAGUCCAAAGUUUGACAUGCCAGUGAAUAUUACAAAUAUGGCCAAAAUAGUAACAACCCUUGGAAUUGCUGAAAAUAUUUCAACCUACUUUAAGAGACGUCCUGAGUGUCAGAUGACUUACCGUUAUCAGGAGUGGCAAGAUGGACGUCAUAACUUUGAUGAUCAUCUUGUGUUGAGCCUUGAACUAUGUCUUUAUUUAAGACACAGUCUUCAGAACCACAUUUCUGUUUCAAGGGCUAUCGAUACUCUGCAAAAUUUGCGGAAAAAACAGUUUCCACCGACAGACAGGAUUUUGCAUGCCUACUGCCACUUUGAGGCACUAACCAGCACAGAUUACACAUAUGCUUGUGUUCUGUGUGGCUACUGGCCUUCUGUUGUGGUGAUGGACCUGCAUAAAAAGGCUGUUUUUAAUUUGGCUGUCAGUGAUCUCAAAGAUCCACCUGUCAACUAUACUGGUGAGCAAAGCAUUGUGGAUUUCUGGGAUGCUAUCAAUCUAGAGAUGAUUUCUUCUGGCUUUGUUCCCAGUCAGGCACAGAACCCUUGUGCUGUUAAACCAAAUUAUGAAUUCUGGGCACCUUGGAUAGGGCCAAUGACCAGGAAAAGUGACAAAGUACUCAACACAGAACAUGAAAAAAUGUCAGGUGUCAAGUCAUCUACUGAAGUGGCACUUACACUUGUAUCUGAAGAUCGGCUGGUUGACGAAUUGAUGAAACAAAAAGUGAGCACUGUCCGAAAAUUGUGCAAGGCCUGUAACGUUUGUUCCAAAGGGUCCCGUACUGACCUUGUUAUCAGACUAAGGGAGGAGAUGAAAACGAGACAGACAUAUGACAAAGUAUUUCAGAAGAUCUGGGGCGCAUCUGGUGAGUAG